AUUACCAUCAUGAUUUUUACGUCAACAGGGGUCGCGCUUGUUUCCAUCUCGUCUAACUUCAUCGGCAUCCCAUGUAUGGAAUGAAAACGUCCCCGAGCAUCAUCCGUUAAGUAUUCUGUUCGUCCAUCCGUCCAACAGACUGGUUUUUAAGUGUUUACUUAACGCGCGCUCCUUUAUAAUCCUUUGAGCCCGAUUUCAGAACUUCAUUAAUGUUUCCGAGCGUCACACCUGCUUGCAACAAUUUCCUCCUCGUUCCAUUUUCGUGUUUACCUCGUUUUGGCGAAGAAGUCGGGAACGGAGAGUGAUUUGUGUUCGUUUGUCUUUGCCGCGCUUUAAUAGCCUCUUUGUUAGUAAACACAGGAGAAAAGAUUUGUUUUGUUUAGAAAAUUUUUAUUUCUCUUCUAAGACUUUUGUCGUGACAAGAGAUAUUAAUCUACGCUUGUAUUUGUGAUCAUCUGCAAUAAUUAUUUGCAAAUGGAUUUUUUGUAGAAUUAAGCUUUUAUCGAAACAAUUAAAAAUGGGCUAGUUAAUUUUAUUAAUAUUUUUAUAUUAUUUUCGCUCAGCAUUAAAAAAAGGUAAUCAAAAUGGAAUACUGUGAUGGACCUGUGAUGAUGAUGACUGGCAAUGGAACAGCCGAACCUCCGGAUUUUGAAGUAACUCUCCUGGAACCACGGCCUUUCCGGCCUUUUAAAAGUUCGGAAGAAUAUUUAUAUGCUAUGAAAGAGGAUCUUGCGGAGUGGUUGAAUGGUUUAUACGAAGGAUUAGAUCUAGAUGCUGAUAAUUUUUUGGAGCAAAUGGAAACCGGCGUUAUUUUGUGCCAGCAUGCUAACAAUGUUGUUCGAAAAGCUAGAGAAUAUUACAGGAGUGGCAAUGCAGUCCACGGCGAUGUUCCUAUUCCAGAUCGGGAUGUUGUCUACCGUUAUGAUGUUCUUCCAGAAACAUUCCAUGCUCGAGACAAUGUGAGCAAUUUCAUUAGUUGGUGUCGAUCCCUGAACAUUAAGGAAUGCUUGCUUUUUGAGACUGAUGACUUAGUGCUGAGAAAAAACGAAAGAAGUUUCAUCCUGUGUCUUUUGGAAGUGGCAAGAAAAGGUGUUAAAUUCGGAAUGCCGGCUCCACUACUUGUGCAGCUUGAGCAAGAAAUUGAUGCAGAGAUUGCAAAUGAUGAUGAUGGCUAUGAAACUCUGUAUAACAAACCGCAAGUAGUUACUAAUGAUCUUAGGAGUCUCCACGAAAGGGUAGUUGAACUCUUGAGUCGGUGUACUUGUCCAUCUCAGUUUCCCAUGAUUCGAGUGGCGGAUGGGAAAUACCGUAUUGGAGAUACCAAAGUUCUAAUUUUUGUUCGAAUUCUCAGAAGCCACGUAAUGGUGCGAGUCGGUGGAGGAUGGGAUACCUUGGAGCAUUACCUUGACAAGCAUGAUCCCUGCAGAUGUAAAGCAGGUCAUAGGCUAGCAACAUCAGCUAAACUGACCAUGUUACAAGGGAAAAGCUCAAUUCCCAGUAUGCAUGUUACUUAUAACAGACCCCCUCAAGCUCCAUCCAGCAAUCCAUCUUCCCCGCAAAACCAUCGCCGUUCACUAUCCUACAUGUCGCCAACAACAUCUCGCAAAUCCUAUCACCAAUCCUCAUCUCCUCCGACUUCAGGUAGACCACUUCCUCCAACGAUUUGCAGCGAUGAUUCAUCCAAUUCCAGCCUCCAAGACACCUUGGAGGGAAGAUCUUCCAACAAACCUCCCUCAAGGCGUGUAUCCAGGGAUGGUGGUGUGACUUCCUCUGAUGAUGAGGGAUCAGAUGAGGAAAGUUAUAAGAGAGCGUCCAGGAGGCGGCCUGAAAGAAGAGAAUUGGUUUUCAAGGAUACAGUACCCUCCUCGUGGAAGUAUUCGCCCGGAAUACCAAGGAAGGAGUACCAGCAACAGCAACAACCAGUAACUGUAGCGUUUGGUACAGGGCAUCAAAGGAAAUUAAGCGAUGGAUAUGGUAGUAGAUUACCUGCUUUGACACCAAGAAAUGAAAAUAAACAACCGCCAAAGGUAGUAAAAGUAUCUCCAAGACCACAUUAUCCGUCCAAUUGGAACGAGCCUCGAUCUCAAAGCUCUGAGGAUCUAUUCCAGUUGCCAGCUUCAGGUCCUGCUCAACCAAGAGGCUUAGUUUUCCAUUCUCGGGGUCCAUCACCUGUCAAUAUAAAAGGAAGAAACAAUAUUUCAGAGCGUCUUCCGGCUGAAAUCGGUUUCCGAAGGAACGAUCCAAAACGUCACUCAUCUCCUAGAAUCAGCACAAGACCAGAUGCUAAAAUGCGAAUAUCGCCUCCGAAAUUCCUCCCUGCAAAAUCUCCACAAACGCCUUUACAAAAUACUCGAAAUAUUCCCCAAAACAGUUCACCAAACAGACGAAUGUUUUGGUCACCCGAGAGGCAAGCACCCUCCAAAAGUUUACUACAUCGCAAAAAUUCAGCUCCAACCUCUGAGAAAAUUGCAUCUCCAGUCUUGGAGAAACUUUUGCAAAAUAGUGAUCUUUGUACAGAUAAGAAUUUCCUGAUGAAAAUAGAACAGUUGAUUACCGAAUUCGAAGCUAAAACCAAGUUGGAUGAUUCGAAUGAUGACUUUAGUAGCGUGCAAUAUAAUUCACUGCCGACUCAUCUGGGAGACCAAACCGACUCCAAAUUGAAUAAUUUUCACGCUAGAAAAUCUCCUUUAGAGAACAAUAACAACAGUAAAUCUCCUUCAAAAAUUCCAGUGCCUACUUGGUAUUCCAAAUGUCAUUCCUAAGUCAUCUUUUGUUUUUCUUGUAAACUGUAAUUCUAGGUGUUUAAAAAGUUCUGGAAUUAUUUAGAAAAUCGUCGUAAUGGUUGAAAUUCUAUACUCUUAUGUGUUAAACUAACAAAAUAAGACUUUAGUAUGGCAGACUACUUGUGAGAAUUAUUAGCUUUUGUGAAUAAUGUUUCUUAACACUCUUCUGUCAGCACAUAAAAUGCAGUUCUUGGACAUUUAACAACAGCAAGCUUAAUAACCUUAACUUGCAUUUAACUUUUUUUAAUUAUAUUAAAGAAUGAAAGUUGCUUAUGAUUUUGCUUCAUUAUGCAAUGUACAAAUAUUAAAAAAUUGUAAUUCCAUAUGGAAUAUAUUACUAAACAAAACUUUGGUUUGUAAGGGUUUAGUCAAUUUUGUUCUAGAACUUUUUGAACACAUUAGCUUGUUAUGUUUCACUAGACUCAAUUAUGUACUUACUAUGUUAUAUACUGCAUUUUGGAGAAGUCGAGGCUGAUAUGUCAAGAUUUACUGAUAGUCAAGGCUGAUACGUCAGGAUUUACUGAUAAACAAAGCUGAUAAGUCAGGAUUUAUUGAUAACCAAGACUGAUAUGUCUUGCAACAUUUUAUAAACUAUGUGAUAUACUUAAUAAAUUUAACUGAAUUUUUUAAGCUCUUACUAACAAAGAUAACAUAAUGUAUUCUUGCGCAAUGAACACAAGACUACUAUUCAUUGUGCCUUAUAAUUCGUAUUGUGUAUUUACAAAAUGAUAUUCAAAAAGAUAGUUGUUUGCAAAAUGUUAUGCAAAUCUUUACCUUAAGAAUGAUGUACGAAUAUCUUCUAGCAAUGAGCUUUCAAUGAUUGUGAUAGCGAAACUUUUUAUACAAAUACCAAAUAAAUCUGGUACAUAUUAGAUCAAAAUUGUUAAAUUUGAAGAAUAUUUAUUUUAAAGUAAGUGAUUCGGCAUGUUCUUUAAAGGAAUUUUCAAACUUUUCUCAUUUUUUUUAAAAAUUAUUUUUGUAAAUUCUAAAAAAUUUUGAAUUAUUUUCUGUUAUUAUUAGUUUGAUGAGCGAAAUUGUUAUUUAAAAUAAAAAAACAUUUAGAAAUCACGGCAGUCAUAUUCGUUAAAAUUUUAUUAAGGCUAAACAAUAUUUUAAAUGACUAAAUAUAUACUAAAACUUAAUGUUUGUAACAAAAAUAACCAAUCAAGCUACUAAAAUCUAGUGUGUAUUUCAUUAACAAUUGCGUUUUAAUUGAAGUUAUAAAUGUUUUGUUUAUAAAUAUUUUGUAAAAGACUGCUGGAUGGUCUACUUUUGUCUAAUACUAAUAAAAUAUGAUGCAUAUUUUUAAAAGAAAUCCAUUUACACCAGUUUUGUAACAUUCUAUAAGCAUUUGUAAUGCUCUAUGAACAUUGCAUCAUGUUACGAAGAACUUCUAGUUAAAUCUUAAUUUUUCUCUAAAAUUAUUUUGGAUCGUUUAUAAUGCAAUAAUAAAUUUAAAUUUUUAAACUUCAGUUUAAAAAUUUCUUUUUUAUGAUUAUUAUCAAUAUUUUUUAUAAUAUUAUGUAAUACGUUUUGUAUUAAGUCAUUUAUAUCAUAUUUAAGUCUUAAAUCGCAGAAACAUUGAAGAAAUAUAAUAAUAAUUCACAUUAACAAAUCUUUCAAUUGUUGGUGAAAAACACCAUGCUUAUAUCUAGUGUAAACUGUGAAAACUUGAUAAGUACUUAUCUGUAAAUAAUACUAUAGAUCAAAUUGAUGUAAAGAUUUUGUAUUUGGAAAAAAUAUUGCCCCAAGCAUUUGAAUUGUAAUAGCUGUUUUUAUCCUCACUUUUACUAAUAUCAAGAUAAUUGAACAGAAACUAUACUGUUUUCAUUUUAGGAUGUUUUAAAAAUAGAGGAACUUUAUUUUAUCAUCUUAGAGUUUUAAUGCAAUCAUGACUUUAAUAAUUAUUUGUGAAUAUACUGUAUACACAUUAUAGAUUGUAAAUAUAGCGUUAAAAUCUAAUUUAAUGAAUUAAACGAAAAACUUCUUAGAUUAAAGCAAUUUAUUUUUGAUAUAUGCUGUUAAUUUUUGUUAAAUGUAAUGUAAAAAAAAAUAAUUCUGUUAAAAUCUGUGCCAAAAAUAAAUUGCGGGUAAAUAUGUAAAUGCAAUAAGUUGUAUUCAUUAAAAAAUCAAAAUAAAAUAACUUCGUU